UAAAAUAAAAUCGAGAUCAGUUUCAGCGAUUGAGAAAUGGCCUUGGGAUUCUGGUGAAGCAGACAUUCUCUCUCUCCCUUCCUCCUUCAGGGCAUAUACUUACAGGCCAACUCUCUCUCUCUCUCUCUCUCUCUCUCUCUCUCUUCUUCUUCUUCGGCGGCAGCCAUGGAAGUGGGCUUGCAGAUACAGGGAUCGACGAGCUUCAGACCGGUUUUCGGGGAAAGGGGUCGUCUAAAGAUAAAAACUUUUCUUGGGUGUUCCCCUCGCUCCAGAUCUUUCACCUUUUCUAGCCUUCCUUCAGGGGGGAGUCAUUACCCAUCAAAUGAUAUUCUGCAAAAGAUCAGUGCAAGUGCAGAUUUUUCGAGGAGGAAGCAAGGAAGAAUGGCGGCUUCAGGACCCAAAAGCUCAACUCCCAGAGGUUUUGUGCCAAGGACACCGGUAGGAAGUUCCCAGAAAAGAAAUCAGAAGAAAACCGCUGAGAAAGAUGACAUCGCCACUACUACAGUUCCAAAUGAGUUUCCAGAGAUAAGCAAUAAAUUGCUCGGAGCAAAAGUAGACAUGGAACAAAAAGGGUCUGUUACUUCUGGCGAGAUGAUUCUUGAAAACGAAAUGGACAACGAAUCCGAGACAUUAAAGGAAGAAGAAGAUGAAGAAGAAGAUGAAGAAGAAGAACUCCCAUCAACAAUUCAAGAGUCAGGUUCUAGUGAAAACCUUAUGAUGCUUGAAAAUGGAAGCAUUGGCAAGGAAGCUGAGAUUUCAGCUGUGCAAGAAAAGGAAACUGUUUCUGGGAGUAGUGCCAGAAAUAAGGCAACAUCUGAGGAUGACAAGUCUUUGAGAUUAAUGUUAGAAAAGGAAAGAGAAAUUCAGCGUAGGAAAGAAAUAGAAGCACUUGCUGAUGAGAAUUUGGCAAGAGGCAUUAGAAUGUUUACUUAUCCCCCGAUUGCAAAACCCGAUGAAGAUAUGGAAGUGUUUCUCAACCGGAAUCUAUCUACAUUGAACAGCGAACCUGAUGUUUUGAUCAUGGGGGCGUUCAAUGAUUGGAGAUGGAAAUCCUUUACAAGAAGAUUGGAGAAGACACAGCUCAAAGGGGAUUGGUGGUCAUGCCUCCUUCAUAUCCCGAAAGAAGCAUAUAAGAUGGAUUUUGUGUUCUUCAACGGGCAAAGUGUGUACGACAACAAUGAUGAGAAAGAUUUCACUGUGGAUGUGGAAGGUGGAAUGGAUGUAUUUGAGUUUGAAAAUUUCCUUCUGGAAGAAAAACGGAGAGAGCAAGAGAAACUUGCUAAGGAGAAGGCUGAGAGGGAAAGGCAAGAGGAAGAGAAAAGGAGAAUUGAAGCUGAGAAAGCUGCAGCGGAAGCUGAUAGGGCACAAGCUAAGAUAGAUGCUCAGAAGAGACGGGAAGUGCUCAAAAGGGCUAUCCAGAGAGCCGAAAUAUCUGUCGAGAACGUUUGGUAUACAGAGCCGAGUGAUUUUAAGGGUGGAGAAAAAGUCAAGCUUUAUUACAACAAAAUCUCGGGUCCUCUGGCUAAUGCCAAAGAAAUCUGGUUGCAUGGAGGAUAUAACAAUUGGGUGGACGGGUUAUCGAUCGUUGCAAAGCUCGUUGAUACUGAGUUAGAAGAAGCAGACGUAAAGGUUGCUGAUUGGUGGUAUGCUGAAGUUUUUGUGCCUGAUAGAGCCCUUGUAAUUGACUGGGUCUUUGCUGAUGGACCGCCUCAAGGAGCUGUUCUGUACGACAAUAAUAAUCGCCAAGAUUUCCAUGCAGUUGUCCCCCGAAGGCCUCCUGAAGAACUUUACUGGUUAGAGGAAGAAAAUCUGAUAUUUAAGAAACUUCAGGAGGAGAGGCGGUUAAGAGAGGAGGCUAUACGUGCCAAGGUAGAGAAAACAGCACGUUUGAAAGCUGAGACAAAAAAGAAGACAUUUGAAAGGUUCCUGCUUUCCCAGAGGCAUGUGAUUUACACCGAUCCUCUAGAUGUUCAAGCAGGUAGCUCGGUGACAGUUUUCUACAAUCCUUCCAAUACCGUUUUGAAUGGAAAGCCCGAGAUUUGGUUCAGAUGCUCUUUUAACCGUUGGACUCACCGCAUGGGUCCAUUGCCACCUCAAAAGAUGAUACAAUCAGAGAACGGGUCCCAUGUGAAAACUACGGUUAGAGUUCCAUUGGAUGCUUAUAAGAUGGACUUUGUGUUUUCUGAGAGAGAAGAUGGUGGGAUAUUUGAUAACAACCACAGCAUGGAUUACCAUUUGCCCGUGGUCGAUGGGAUUGUAAAAGAGCCUCCAAUGAAUAUUGUCCAUAUUGCUGUUGAAAUGGCACCCAUUGCAAAGGUUGGAGGCCUAGGUGAUGUGGUCACGAGUCUAUCCCGUGCCAUUCAAGAGCUAAACCAUAAUGUGGAUAUCAUUCUUCCAAAGUAUGACUGCUUAAAACACAACCAUGUAAAGGACUUGGAAUUCAACAGAAGUUAUCACUGGGGUGGAGUCGAAAUCAAAGUUUGGCAUGGGAAGGUGGAAGGCCUCUCUGUUUACUUCCUUGAGCCUCAGAAUGGACUUUUCUGGCGAGGAUGUGUAUAUGGCUGUUCUGAUGAUGCAGGAAGAUUCGGUUUCUUUUGUCAUGCUGCUCUCGAAUUUCUUCUCCAAGGGGGGUUUCAUCCUGACAUAAUUCACUGUCACGACUGGUCCAGUGCUCCAGUUGCAUGGUUAUUCAAGGAUCAUUACAUGCACUACGGUUUAAGUAAAGUCCGUGUUGUCUUCACGAUACAUAAUUUGGAAUUUGGGGAUAAUCUGAUUGGUAAAGCAAUGGAAUAUGCAGACAAAGCUACAACAGUCUCCCGUACUUACUCCAAGGAAGUUUCUGGAAACCCAGUAAUUGCUCCACAUCUCCAUAAGUUCCAUGGAAUAAUAAACGGGAUUGAUCCGGAUAUAUGGGAUCCGUACAACGAUAACUUCAUUCCUGUGCCGUAUACUCCAGAGAACGUUGUUGAAGGCAAACGAGCUGCCAAGGAAGCGUUGCAAAAUAGGCUUGGCCUGAAAAGAGCCGACCUUCCAUUAGUAGGAAUCAUUACACGCUUAACUCAUCAGAAAGGAAUACACUUGAUCAAGCACGCGAUUUGGCGUACCUUGGAACGGAACGGACAGGUUGUCUUGCUAGGUUCAGCACCAGAUCCCCGGAUCCAGCAAGAUUUUGAAAACUUGGCAAACCAACUUCAUUCUACUCAUUGUGGCCAAGCUCGACUUGUUCUUGUUUAUGAUGAACCUCUUUCCCACUUGAUUUACGCGGGUGCUGACUUUAUAUUGGUUCCAUCAAUAUUUGAGCCCUGUGGAUUGACACAACUUACAGCCAUGAGAUAUGGUGCUAUUCCUGUUGUAAGAAAAACUGGAGGACUCUACGACACUGUUUUUGACGUUGACCAUGAUAAAGACAGAGCAGAAGCUCAAGGUCUUGAACCCAAUGGCUUCAGCUUCGACGGGGCUGAUUCUGCUGGUGUCGAUUAUGCUCUUAAUAGGGCAAUAUCAGCUUGGUAUGAUGGUAGAGAGUGGUUCCAUUCGCUAUGCAAGAGGGUGAUGGAGCAAAACUGGUCAUGGAACCGCCCUGCCCUGGAGUACCUGGAGCUCUAUCACUCUGCAAGAAAGUGAUAAGAGAGAGACAGAACACUUCCCACCAUUUCCACAUUCUGUUGUGUACAGAGUUUCUUUUUGAGUUUUUGAGGGAGAGAUCUCACUGGUUAUAUGACCUCGUUAUUGUUCUGUAACCACUCAAAUUACCAAACCAAAACACUUGAAGAUCGUCAAACUGUUUGUAAGGUUGUUGGCUUUGAAUCGAAAUAAUAAUUUAUGGGAUA